AUGACAGGGAAACAGGCAAAACAAGGGAAAGGAACAGCAAGAAGUGAAAAUGAACAACAGGUGGAAGGGAAAUCAGUUCUGAAAAGCAACAUCGGCAAGGAAGGAAACAAUAAGUCCAUGGCUCCGAUUGAAUCGAAAGUAUGCAGCCCUAAAAUUGGCUGUCAAUCAUCUGGUAGUCCUACUUUGUUUGAGAAAUUGUGUAAGAAUAAGGUGAUUGAAGUAGGUGAAUGCUCUGAUUUGAAUCUAAAGUUGGAUCAAGAAGAAGUUAGGGUUUCAGAGGAGACUGGAAUUUGGGAGAAAUUUGACCCCAAGAAACUAGCAAUCCAAGAAAGGAAAUUAGCUUACAUAGAGUCGGCUAAGAAGCAUGAUAAAGUAAUAGCUAAAGUGCAUAGGGAUGAAAUUCAAGAUACUCUGAGCAGGUUUACAAGCACUAUAGGUAAACCCAUGGAGAUGGACGAGAUGACUAUUCAGAGGGACAGAACUGGAUAUGCACGAGUAUUGGUGGAAAUGGAGAUUCAAGAGAAAAUGCCUACAGAGUUGUGGUAUGAGGAUGAGCAUGGAAUCAUUCAAUCUCAAAAGAUAUGCUAUGAAUGGAAACCAGUCAAAUGUGCACAGUGCAAGGGCUAUGGACAUGAGACGGCUCAAUGUAAGAAGGUCAAACCAGUUGCAGGUCAGCAAAGCUCAGAAGUAGUGGGGCCGAAGGAAGAAGUAGUAACAGGAAAGCUAAAAGCUGCUGAUAAAAACCAUUCAACAGGAAAGCAGGAGGUGGAUGCAUCAUUAGAGACUAAUCAGAUGGUUUCUCCAACGAAUGCUUCUGUUCAGUGGAAUGUUGGUAUAAUCCAUAACUCAGAAGUAUCAAUACUCAUUAAGAAUCAGAAAGGGCUGAAAGUAGCAGAAGGAAGACAUGGUGAGAAGCUGAAGUCAGUGAAUGAGAUUAGCUACAAUGGAGCUAGUAACCCUAAACCAGGGACUAGUAACCAUGAGUAA